CAAAGAAAUACGCCGACGAGAUCCGUAUGGUCACCAUCACCUCUCCUUUAUUUUUGAUUUGGCACUUAAAUGUUCCAUUUCUUGAUCUAUGUUAUUCUUUGGUGCAUGGAGUAGGUCAUUCUCUUUGCCAGAAUUUGUGGCAGAAGUUCAAGAAGCAAUUAGACCAGUCUUUAAUGCAUAUAUAAAAGGAGAUGUUGAAACUUUGAAGAAGUAUUGUAGUCCUGAAGUUAUUGAUAGGUGCAAAGCUGAACAUACUGCUUAUCAGAGCCAUGGUAUAUUUUUUGAUAACAAGAUUCUACAUAUAUCUGACGUAGAAGUUAGAGAGACCAAAAUGAUGGGGACAUCCCCCAUUAUCAUAGUGGCAUUUCAAACACAACAGAUCCACUGCGUACGAGAUAGAUAGGGUAAAAUAAC